AUGGAAGUGGAACAGAACUACAUCGUCCGCCUCAAGUAUAUGAAAUGGAUCAUCUCCAGUAAAUUUCUCUUUGCUUCAACCAACCUUCCGGCCUUGCUUCUCGUCAACGACGUCUCAAGCCCUAAUUGCGCUUACCCUAAUCCGGCAAGGGUAUUUCGCCUUCAGAAUGGACACGUUCUUGAGACGGACCAUGCUCCGCGGCGUCAAUACUUGACGGCGCCACCUUUGACGACUCGGUCCUCGAUAGCUUCAACUAUUUGGGAAUUUCGCGGACCAUCGUUGUCCAAGCGCCGGAGGCCGGAGAUAUAUGCGGACACCCGACCCCGGGCCCAAGUCGGCAGGCGGCCCCACGUGACGCCGGAGCUCUCAUCCGGCCAUCGUGCCUUCCAGGUUGUGGCUGAGGCUAAGUGUGGGGUCACCAAGAGUGGAGUCGGUUGGAGCACUGGACCUCUGCUCGACCAUCGUGGAGUCGAGAAUCUUCCACCUCACCCUUAUUCCCCCCGAAUCCUCAAAUCCAUCUCCGUAACCUAUCCUCCCACUUCUCAAACCAUCAAUUGGUUGGCCUGUUCCCUUCGCCAACUCCCUCUUUCCCGAUUCAACUUCCUGGAUACGAUUAUUGUUGCCGGUCAGGGUCACAAUGUUCUAAGCCAGCAUCAAAUUCCAUCUUCCCAUCGGUUACUCGCUGCUCUACGGUUUCUCACGCUUCAGUCUUCUUUCAUCGGAGGUCUGAUUCUACUGGUCUUGAACGCUCCUGCCGUAACUGCGUCUUCAGCAGAACACAUCAGCUAA